AUGGAGUCACUUUCCUGCUCUUCUGAGGAUGUUAGUCAGCCAUCACAUGGUAAGAAUAAAGAGAUGCUCCUAGGUUACCCCACCAGGCGUCGUAGUUGUGCUUUGGUAAAUACUCCAUCUCCAUGUGUUAACAAAGCUAUUCAUCACAUUCAAGAGCUGGAAGUAAAGAUAGAAAGCUCCUUUCAACAGCAUGAUCGUACACUUGAGAAGGAGAAAAUUCCGUGCAGGACUAUAAUCUUAAAGCAGGAAACAGAAGCGGUGUUAUCAGAGGUCAUUGAGCUGAUUAAGCGACUAGAAGUUGAACGUAAAGAGGCUGAAGAAGCUUUGAAGCGGGAAAAACAGCGAAAGAAAAAGCUUGUAAUGAAAAUUGAUUGCAUGUCAAUUUGGAGGCUUCAACAAUUCCCUAUAGCUGUACAAAAAGAACAUGAGAUUUGUACUCAAGAUAUCUCAGAACUACAGUGGCAUUUUGACUGUGCAAAUCGUCAGCUCCAACAGGUAAAAGCCCAAGUACUUAAGAUAGAGACAGUUAAUGGAAGGAUUCAGGAGGAUAUAGACUUCAUGAAGAAAUACAGCCCUCUGCUGGAAGAAAAACUGAAUCUUGAGGGUGACACUAUGAAGGAUGUAUUACUGGCACAUGGAAAGGCAUCAAAAUUAUAUUAUGAUGUUUAUCGGGAACUUCUGAGAAUCCAGCAGAUUUUAAAACAAGUCACUGAAGAAGCUGAAAAGGAGAGAGAAUCUAUGUCUGAGAAAAUUAAAUAUGCUGAGAUAGUGUUGAAGCAGUACCAGAAUGAUUUAAAACACUCAGAAUUUCUUUGGACUGAACUGUGUAUCAAGUUAAAAGAAACAGAGGAGAAGAUUAUAAAGGAAGAAAGACACCUUGAAGAGUUAGUAAAGCAAAAAGAAGAGAUACAGGAAGAUGCUAAAUCUUGGAACAACAAAGUAGAGGAUUUAAACAAUAAAACAUUGGCUCAAGAAAAUGAGAACAAAAGUUUAUUAGAUGCUUGUUCUGAAGUGAUUAAAGUGAUGGAAGAUUUAAAAACUAGCUGGGAAUCUGAACAUUUGACUAUGAAACAAACGUUCCUCAAUACCCUUCAAGCAGUGGAUGAAUUGGAACGUGAAAAUAAAGAACUUGAGAGAGAAAAUGAAGAAUAUUUGCAAAAAUCCAGAGAAAGUUCAAGAAGAAAAAUAACGUAUCAGUCAGAACUGCAGAUUAUGUGCAAAAACACCCGUAAAAUUGAAGAGCAAAUAAGAAAAGUGAAUAAAGAGCUAUAUAAUAUUGAAAUGGCUUAUGGUGAAGGAAAAAUAAAACUGGAAGAAUUAGAAGAAAAAAUAAUUAGAGAAAAAAUCCGGUACAAGAAUUUGGAAGAGAACAUAAAAAAAUUAAUUCGAGAUGAAAGAGGAACGUGGCAACUGACUCAGGCCAGGAUUAAAGCAAUGUAUGGUGAGCUAGAGCAAAAGAAAAAAGAUAGCAUCAAGACAAAAGAAGAAACUAUAAAGAGGAUAGCAGACAUCGAGGGACCAGUGGCUGAACUAGAAGCACAAUUUAUUGAAAAUAAAAAUAUACAUAAAGAAAAUAUUGAGAAACUUUACAAUCUGAAUCAGAAAAUGCAAAAACUAGAUGAACAGAAGAAACAAGCAGAACAACAACUGGAGCACAAAAAGAGUACUAUGAAGAAUCAGUUAACUGAUAUUCAGGAAAAAUAUUCAGAUGUUACCAGUCGGCUAGAUGAAACCACUCACAUUAUUGAAAAUUUUCAAAACAGAAUUCAUGAAUUAAAUGAAUUAGCAGAGACAAAGCAAAGACAAAUUGAAACUACAGAGAAAUCCCUCAUGGAAUUGAGGGAAAAUUUUAGUGCUGUUAGCUGUAAGCAGGAGAAAAAUCAGAUGAUAAUUGAUUACCUCCAGAAUGAAUUAGAAAAAUAUGAGAAGAGAAUACAGCAUGAGGAAAAAACAUAUGGAGAAUUACUAUGGACUAGACAGAAAAAUUUGGAAGAGAUGAAGAUUACUCUGGAGCAGAUGAUAAAAGAAAAUUUGUGGUUAGCACAAGAGUAUCAGAUCUUUCAGAAAUAUUGUUUAAAUGAUAAAGAAAACCUUAUGGAUCUCUAUGAUGAUAGGGUCAAGGUGGAAGCUGCAGUUAGAGAUCAUCAGCAGGGGGAGUUGUCAAAAACGAUCCAGCACAUCACUGCCUUCUUGCAUUCCUUGACAGAUGGCUCAUCUACUGAAGGCGACAAUGCAAACAACCAAUGUCUCUUGGAUGCCGAAGUAAAAGACAAGAAAAGUCACACAGUUCAGAUAACAGUGUAA